CAGAUUCCAAUGCUCACCCGACUCACGCCGGCCAAACCAGGCACAAGAAGGGCGCCUGCCCGGGAAGCAGUGUUUAGAGACCGACAUCACCGCCGGCUCGACUCGGAGACGAUUCGGAGGGGUGGCAAAAGAGGAUGGUUAGCCUGGAGGGUUCUGCAUUAGAUGAAGAAAGGAUGGACCGCCACGGGUUGAGUGAUACUGGAGGGCUUUCUUGUGUGGGUGGCGUAUCGUUGCUCGCACCGGGAACUGCCUUCUCUACUGAUUUUAGUAUUCUUCAGGAGCUCCGCACAGAGAAGUUAUUUCGAGAAUAUUUGGAGUACCGUGAGGAUUCAUUCAAGUGGGCGGCAGAAGAACUGGUUGCAUCAUGCAAUUCACCUGUUGAUUUGUUUCUCCAGACUGUGCCUGAUGAGAGGCUUUUUCAAGAGCACUUUUUCAAUUUUGUGUCGUUACGUGAACAGUAUUCUGUGGUUGUUGAUGAUGCUGAUGGAAGUAAAGAAAGUUUGGCUGAUGAUGGAUCACCACGUUUCUCGACUGAGGCUGAGAUCAAACUUAUCCGCCGUAAGAAUCACAAAGAUUCUCUUAUGAAAAGAUUGCAUGGUGUUCGAAGAUAUUAUGCAUACUGCAAAGCCCUUCUGCAACUUGAUUUUAUCAAGUGGAAUAGUAAUCCUGAAGAAGUUUUAAAACGGAUCAAAGAGUCAACUAGAUGGUCUGAUGUGCUGAAUGAUUAUGAGCUACAACGUGGUCUAGAGGGUCAUAUGAAAUUUUUAAGGAUGCAUGUGAGUAAAUUGGACAAAACUUCCACAAGCAGCAGCAUGACUGAGUUUGAUAAGGUAGCUUUGGAGGAGGACAUCAACUCUCGUAUGAGUUCAGAAUUAGAGAAGCAUCUACAAUUCCCUGACGAGUUGCUCAUGCGAGAAUAUUUCAAUCGUGUGAAAAUAAGGAACCUUGCCAGGGAGUGUUGUAUUCAAGCAAAGAAGACUGGAGUCAUUCUUGUCGAAGAGUUUCUACCCGUACGAAAUUUGGAAGAACAGAUGUUACCCAAAAGCUGGCCCCAGAAUUUUGGACAACAGCUGUUACCCAGAAAUUUGCCCCAGAUGAAAAAGAGAGUUAAGCAGUCACUUGACUCAACCAGGGCUUACCUGCAUCCACAGGGCGCUACUCGUGCUAGGGCUUUGAAGUAUGUGGUUGGUGCAGUUUCUCUUGCUUGUAUCAUCAUGGCUGGCCAACGCGAGAGUAAGUAAGACUGUCAACUGCAUCCAUGGUUGGCCUUUGCCCGCAAAAAAAAAAAAAAAACAUGGUUGGCCUUUGGAUACAGUAAUUUGUGUAUAAAUAAUGUUGUACUCGUGUUUGAAGCAUGUUUGUCCUACUAUGCAUUACGGAUGAUAUUUAACAUGUGGUAUUUGUUCA